UAAAAAUCCGCAACAUAAAGCAACUGCAGCAACAUCGCUUUUGAGUUGUCCACACAUUUUAAGUGCUGUUUCUACCGUGGUUAUACGCUACGUUCUUUGAAUUUAUUACCGGUAAUAAUUAAAGCACACUAAAAGCAGUACGGUUAUCAUUUAGAAGGUAAAAUAGAACUUACUGGUAAUUUACAUCUAUAAAAUACAAGCAGAGUUAGCACCGAGUUGAGUUUAUCCCACAUUGUGAAAUUUCUUAUCACGAAUACGCUCGCUGAAGUUUGAACUCUACGAAGCAGGAUAAUAAAAUGGCAUCGGAACUACCAAAACUUUCGCGCUCCAUGCGUGCCAAUACCGAUUUGGACACAACAAGAGUACUAUCAAACCGAUCGGAAGAUUUUCCAUCCCUUCAAAUUUUUCGCAAUAAACAGGCUCUAAGCGGAAUAUCUUGGAAGCAGCUAAAAUUGUUUGUAACUCAACACGUUGACACUAAAGAAGCUUCACAUCUAACCAUUCAAUUGCGUGAAUUGUGGAACUACUGCCGGGAAAUGUUGGGCAGCGAGGAAAACCCGAUUCUCAUUGACGAAGCUGCAAUGUUUAUUUUGCGACUCUUUUUAGAUCAAAAAAUUGUUAUGCUCAAACAUACUUCUCGCAUAAAAAAAAUGUUUGGUCAAGUUCCAAACGCUUUAAUUAGCAAAAUGUGUACGCUUGUCAAUGCAAUGAGCAAUCAUCUCAAUGAAGACUGCCGAAAAUAUCUUGAAGAGACUGAAAAAAGUGAAGAUAGUACUACAAAACAAUUAUGGGGAGCACACAUCAAAUGCAUCGUCCCAGAAGGUCUCCAAUACGAUUACAGCUUAUUAUCGGAUCUCUCUCCAGCUCAACCAGCAGAAGCUAAGUCAGCCGUCAAAUUUUCGAUGAAAUAUGAUACCCAAAAACAUCGAAGCGCGACAAAAUCUAAUCAGCUACCAAGCUCGUCUAAUUCAACAGAAGAAAAGUAUACCCGGUCAUGGCUUGCCAAACGAAUGCUUCCAGAUUUGAUAGACAACCUAGUUGAAUUGCUAAAAUCAGGUAAAACGAACGACGAACUGCAAAACGAGUUGGUUGAUUAUCUUGGUUUCGAAAAAUUCGAACUAAUUGAAGAAAUACUACAGAACCGUAAGCACAUUAUAGAACGCGUGAAAGCAAUUGCACAAAUAAACGUUUUCAAAGAGAAAGCUGCCAAAAAGCUGGGAGCUAUGCAGCAUGCUCCUGCCUAUUUAAUGCCCGUGAUGAUUCAAUCAGAAUCAGAGAAACUACUCCGCAAACAAGUUAAUAAGGAAGAAAAGAAGCUAAAAAAGUUUUUAAAUUCUGUCGGUGGCGCCGCUGAUGAAGAGGAUGACGAACUCGAUCCAUUGAAAAUGCGGCUCAACUAUCAACAGAGCUUGUUUAUUGCCGCGCAGAUGACUCCUCUGCUUCAGGACGAUAGGCCUCCCAGGAUGAUGGCCCCUAGACCCCCCAAACAGUUGAAGUAUCCCAACGUGUAUGAUUCCUUUAGUGAGGCAAAGUCGCACGUGGGGUUUAUUGCUGGAGGUAAACUGUUAUUGCCAGACAACGUCGAACGGAAUGACAAUAAGAUGUACGAAGAAGUUAAAAUUCCUGCAACCGAACCACCACCACUUUCGAUUGGAAACAAUCGAAUUCAAAUUGAUUCAUUGGAUGAAAUAGGCCAAAUUGCGUUUAAAGGUUGUAAGGAACUUAAUAGAAUCCAGAGCAUUGUUUACCCUGCAGCAUAUCACAGUAACGAGAAUCUCUUGGUUUGUGCUCCGACGGGCGCUGGCAAAACAAAUGUAGCUAUGCUGGCCAUAGUAAAUACUAUUCGACAAUAUGUAGAUCAAGGGGUCAUCCACCGUGACCAAUUCAAGGUUGUCUACGUUGCCCCAAUGAAAGCACUUGCGGCUGAGAUGACUAGCAGCUUCGGUAAGAAACUUGCUCCUUUGGGAAUAUCGGUGCGGGAACUGACUGGUGAUAUGCAGUUAACUAAAACAGAAAUGCAGCAAACGCAAAUGAUUGUUACUACUCCAGAAAAGUGGGACGUUGUAACGCGAAAGGGAGCUGGCGAUGUAGCCUUUAUUAGCCUUGUGAAACUACUUAUUAUUGAUGAAGUUCAUCUGUUACACGGCGAACGAGGUCCAGUGGUUGAGGCGCUGGUCGCUCGCACCCUUCGUCUGGUAGAAUCAUCUCAGAGUAUGAUUCGAAUCGUUGGUCUUUCGGCCACUCUCCCAAACUACAUCGACGUGGCUCGUUUUUUGCGGGUUAAUCCGAUGAUUGGUUUGUUCUUCUUUGAUUCUCGCUUCCGACCAGUUCCACUAAGCACAAACUUUGUUGGAGUAAAAUCGUUAAAAGCUUUACAGCAGUUGGCAGACAUGGAUACAAUCUGCUAUGAUCGUUGCAUAGAAAUGGUGCGUCAGGGUCAUCAAGUAAUGGUUUUUGUACACGCUCGAAACGCGACAGCUCGAACGGCAAACGUAAUCAAGGAGUUUGCUCAGCAAAAAGGUCACAUUCAGUUGCUAACGCCGGAAAGCAAUCCGGAGUAUGGGAACGCUGUCAAAGCGAUAUCCAAAAGUCGGAAUAGGCAACUAGUUGAGCUGUUUCAUAAUGGACUUGCAAUGCAUCAUGCUGGAAUGUUGCGACAAGACAGAAGUCUCGUCGAAAAGUACUUUUCUGAUGGCAUUAUCAAGGUGCUAGUAUGUACAGCUACACUCGCCUGGGGAGUCAAUUUACCAGCGCAUGCCGUAAUUAUAAAGGGAACAGAGAUCUAUGAUUCCAAACAAGGCACAUUCGUUGAUUUGGGCAUUUUGGAUGUACUACAAAUUUUCGGCCGUGCAGGACGACCACAGUUUGAUAAGAGUGGAGUGGGCACCAUUAUCACGACUCACGAUAAAUUGAAUCACUAUUUAUCGCUACUGACAAACCAAUUUCCGAUUGAGUCAAACUUUAUCCAAUGCCUGGCAGACAAUCUAAACGCUGAAGUAACACUAGGUACAAUCAGCAACAUCGACGAGGCGAUCGAAUGGCUUAGCUAUACGUACCUGUUUGUCCGGAUGCGCAUGAAUCCCCAGUGCUACGGGUUAAAUUAUCAAGAUUUGCAAGAUGAUCCUAUGCUGGAAGGUAAACGAAGACAACUAAUAAGCAUGGCCGCGAUGGCUUUAGACAAAGCACGGAUGGUAAGGUAUAAUGAACGGACGGGUGAUUUGAAUGUAACUGACUUGGGACGAACGGCGUCACAUUUUUAUAUCAAGUAUGAUACAGUCGAGGUCUUCAACGAAAUGAUAAAACCGAUUAUGAAUGAUGCAGACAUUAUCGCGAUGAUGUCAAAUGCACAAGAGUUUGAACAACUCAAAGUGCGGGAUGAUGAAAUGGAUGAGCUCGAUGAUCUAAUGAGAAUUUGCUGCGAGGUACCGGUUCGUGGCGGAAGCGAAAAUAUUCAUGGAAAAGUAAACAUUCUUAUGCAAACAUAUCUGUCGAAGGGAUUUGUGAAAUCUUUCUCGUUGGUUUCGGAUAUGUCCUACAUUACACAGAACGCGGUACGAAUUGCCCGUGCUCUAUUCACUAUUGUGCUGCGCCAAAACAAUCCAAUUCUUGCCGGUAGAAUGCUAAAUAUAAGUAAAAUGUUUGAAAAACAAAUGUGGGAAUUCAUGACACCGAUGUAUCAAUUUCCGAUACUGCCUAUGGAUGUCGUUGAGAAGAUUGAACAUCGAGGCCUUAGUAUCUUAGCAUUGAGAGACAUGGACUUAAAAGAAAUUGGAGAAAUGGUUAGAAACCAUCGACAUGCUGCACUAGUAAAGCGAUGUGCGGAGGAGUUUCCGCUUUUGGAAAUAGAGGCCACGUUGCAGCCUAUUACUCGAACGGUUCUUAGAAUCCGUAUAUUCAUCACACCUUCAUUUAAAUGGAAUGAUCGCGUUCACGGAAAGACUGCUGAAUCAUUUUGGAUAUGGAUCGAGGAUCCCGAAAGCAAUUUUAUCUAUCAUUCCGAGUACUUCCAGAUGACGAAAAAGCAGACAAUUCGAGGUGAAGUACAAGAGCUGGUUAUGACAAUCCCGUUAAAGGACCCGCUACCUCCACAGUAUUACAUUCGAGCUACUAGUGAUUCUUGGUUAGGAAGUUCCAACUUGGUGCCAUUGUCAUUCAAACAUCUCAUUCUGCCAGAAGUACAUCCACCCCAUACUGAACUGCUUCCUCUUCAACCUCUUCCGGUAACUGUUUUAAACAAUCACAAAUUUGAAUCGCUUUACCCAUUCACGCAUUUCAAUCCAAUCCAAACACAAAUAUUCCACUGUCUAUAUCAUACCGACAAUAACGUUCUGCUGGGUGCCCCCACGGGCUCUGGUAAGACUAUUGCUGCGGAGAUCGCAAUGUUUCGUGUAUUCAAAACUUUUCCUAAAGGAAAAGUAGUUUACAUCGCGCCACUCAAAGCGCUAGUUAAGGAACGUAUCGAUGACUGGAAAUUUCGGUUAGAGAGAAAACUGGGGAAAAAAGUGGUAGAGUUAACUGGUGAUGUCACACCCGAUAUCAGAGCUAUUCGCGAAUCGCACGUAAUUGUAACCACUCCAGAAAAAUGGGACGGUAUCAGCCGUUCCUGGCAGACACGUGACUACGUCCGGGAUGUCGCUCUCAUCGUGAUCGAUGAGAUUCAUCUUCUAGGUGAGGACCGUGGACCGGUGUUGGAAGUGAUAGUCUCUCGAACUAAUUUUAUUGCUUCGCAUACGGAACAAACGUUACGAAUUGUUGGACUGUCGACUGCUCUAGCCAAUGCACGGGACUUAGCUAAUUGGUUGGGUAUUGGAAUGAUGGGUUUAUACAAUUUUAAACCGUCUGUUCGACCAGUUCCACUAUCAGUACAUAUUCAAGGUUUCCCUGGCAAACAUUACUGUCCACGAAUGGCUACCAUGAAUCGACCAGCUUUCCAAGCAAUUCGACAGUAUUCACCAUGCACACCAGCGUUAAUUUUCGUUGCCUCACGAAAGCAGACUCGUAUCACCGCUUUGGAUUUGAUUGCAUUCUUAGCAGGAGAAGAUAAUCCGAAACAAUUCCUGCAUAUCGCAGAACAGGAAAUGGAGCAAAUUCUGAUGAAUAUUAAAGAUAACAAUUUGAAGUUGACGUUAGCCUUUGGCAUCGGUAUCCACCAUGCUGGUCUGCAAGAACGAGAUCGGAAAACCGCUGAAGAAUUAUUUUUGCACAGAAAAAUUCAAGUACUGAUCGCAACGGCAACGUUGGCUUGGGGAGUCAAUCUUCCUGCUCAUUUAGUCAUCAUAAAAGGCACCGAAUAUUUCGAUGGAAAGCUUAAACGGUACGUAGAUAUGCCAAUAACAGAUGUGCUACAAAUGAUGGGACGGGCUGGACGACCGCAGUUUGGCAACGAGGGUAUUGCUUGCGUUUUUGUACAUGACGUGAAAAAGAAUUUCUACAAAAAGUUCCUAUACGAUCCGUUUCCAGUGGAGUCAAGUCUGUUGGCAGUAUUGCCAGAUCACAUUAAUGCGGAAAUUGUUGCAGGAACAGUUCAAACUAAGCAGAGCGUUUUAGAUUAUUUAACAUGGACCUACUUCUUCCGGCGUUUGCUGCGGAAUCCGGCCUAUUAUGAACUAGAUAAUAUAGAACAGAGUGAGGUUAACGGAUAUCUUUCGACAUUAGUGCAAAAAGUACUAGAUACCUUAGUACGAGCUGGUUGCAUUUGGAUUGCGGAAGAUGAUCGAGGAUUGAUUCCUACUUCAAUGGGAAGGAUAUCUUCAUAUUACUAUCUUUCACAUCAAAGCAUGCGUCAUUUUGCCGAUACACUAAGACCUGAUAUGACCUUUGAAGAACUAUUACGAGCAAUGGUAGAUGCAUGGGAAUUUGAACAACAACCUGUUCGUCAUCACGAAGAUGUUUAUAACACGGACCUUGCAAAAUUGUGUCGACUGAAGGUGGACCCACUAUUAAUGGACAAUCCUCAUGUAAAAGUGUUUUUACUUAUGCAAGCUCAUCUAUCUCGCCUGCCGUUGCCAAAUUCAGAUUAUGGCACAGAUACGAAAUCGGUAUUAGACCAGAGCAUCCGAAUUAUACAGGCUAUGAUCGACAUUUGCGCUGAACGCGGUUGGCUGGCCAGUACACUCCGCAUUCAGCAAUUAAUGCAGUGCAUCAUUCAAGGACGCUGGCUUGAUGAUCCAAUAGUUUUAACUUUACCAUAUGUCGAACCCCACAACGCCUAUGUGUUUAACCAAGUUAAAAUAGACUGUAAAUUCCUCACACUCCCGGCUCUAAAAGAAAAAUGUAACCGUAAGUACGAAGUUUUAGCUGGUCCUCUUCGUCAAGAAUUUGAAGAACCAGAGAUCGAACAAAUUUACAAGGUCAUCUGCAGUCUACCAUUAAUCAACGUUCAACUAUCAAUUCGUGGUCCAUAUGAGUCAGACCCAAACGCAGACCGUCCAGUAGUACAGCCUCAAUCCAGAGAUCGUUGGAUGACGCUAUACGCCAGCGAGGAAUACGCACUAGGCGUACAGCUCAUCCGGCUAGGUAGCUUCGAGACGCUCAACAUCCAUUGUCCCAAAUUUCCUAAAGGCAAAGACGAAGGCUGGUUCCUUACUUUGGGCUCCCAAGCUGAAGGAGAGCUAAUAGCGAUGAAACGCUGUGUCUACAGAAGUGCUAAAAGCUCACAUCAGCUGUGUUUCGUAGCGCCUGAGCAAAAAGGCCGGUACAUCUAUACGGUUUACCUUAUGUCCGAUGGCUACAUCGGGUUGGAUCAACAGUACGACAUAAACUUUGAGGUGAUGCAAGCGCAAAAAACACCGAUAAUCGAGGAUAAGGAAGACUAUUUUACAGUAGGAGAAGAAAAAUAUUAAACUGCCUAGUUCUAACACUGUUUAACCUGAAAAUUACACGUUAUGCUUUUCGUGUAUCAAAAUUUGAAAAACAUUCGCCACAAACAAGAGGUAGGUGCAAAAACUAUAAUGUGAUUUGUUACUGUGUAGGUAAUAUUUAUUACUAGUUCUUUUUUGAAGCUGAUUUAUCAUUCGUAAAUACAUAUAAAGCUAUUUAUUGUAACAAAA